AUGUCUCCUCCAGACAUCCAGGUCUCCCCGUCAGGCGACGUUGGGGAGACGUCUACGAACCUUAUCGAAACCAAGGAACCUCGAAAUGACCCAGCUUCCGUGAAACCAAGCGGUGAAGCUACCUCUAAGGAUGACCAGAGCACGCCGGAUGCCACAGGGGACAAUAGCAUUGUAGACAACAUGGACUCUUCCAAGGGCGAGGAUGUUACGGCAGAAGCUUCUAAUGGAGGUGAACCACCCUCGUCAAUGGAGGAAAAGGACAAACCGACUUCAUCAGAGCCACCGAAACAGCUCACCCUUCAAUCCAAGCGUGGAAACCCUGGCCAAUUGCUCCAAGUCGACACGCAAAGAGACCAGCCCCCUCUCCCUCCCAAGAAAGACGAGCCAUACCUAGAUCCUACUCCUAAGACACCGCAGGCUCCACGAUCACCCACCGACAAAGACCUACCGGAAGUACCACAGGAUGACCUUCUCAGCGGAAGCAGCAGUACCAAGGCGAAAGCCGAAAGCGAGGAGAGGAAAAGCGAAGACUCCCAGUCAGAGAUACAAACAAUCAUGGGCCAAUUUUCAGACGAAAUCAGCAGUCUUCGCCAGGAAGAGAUCAUGUCUCCAAGGCUCGAACUAGCUGAACAAUUUCGGACUGGCCAGGGACAUUUCCCGCCUCGGAAGUCUAGCCUUGAACAGCCCGCCAAAGCAGAGGAGGAACCUGCUGAUGUCCAAGCAGCUUCCGUCUUGCCCAGUACCAGCAGCAGCAACCGCCAUUCCUUGUCUCCGCCCGCCGUACCGCCAAAAUCACCCCCUAGUGCCAACCCAGGGAAGCCAGCUACCGUUGAGAAGACUGAUAGCCAUCACGCUCCUUCAACUCCAAACUCGGCCGUCCCACCACCCCCAGAACCGGAGGCAGAACAGCCAUUUGACUUCCACCGCUUUCUAGAACAGCUACGACACCGAACUGCCGAUCCGGUAGCCAAAUUCCUACGCUCAUUCUUAACAGAAUUUGGCAAACGCCAGUGGAUGGUCCAUGAACAAGUAAAGAUAAUCAGCGACUUUUUGGCCUUUAUAACUAAUAAAAUGGCCCAAUGUGAUGUAUGGAAAGGUGUUUCUGACGUUGAGUUCGAUAACGCCAAAGAGGGAAUGGAGAAAUUGGUUAUGAACAGGCUCUAUACCCAAACGUUCUCGCCAACUAUUCCUCCCCCAACCCCUUCGCGAAGUAGAAGCCGAGGGAGGAGGAAGGAGAUAGAGAGGAUGCAUAAUCCUGGUAGACGUGGGCAGCAUCAAGAAGACGUUGAGCGUGAUGAGAUUCUGGCCCAGAAAGUUCGGAUUUACAGCUGGGUCCGAGAGGAGCAUCUUGAUAUCCCUCCUGUUGGUCCUAACGGACGGCGUUUCCUGCUUUUGGCCCAACAAGAACUCUUAAAGAUAAAAGGAUACCGUGCGCCGCGAGAUAAAGUUAUUUGCAUUCUGAAUUGCUGCAAAGUGAUAUUUGGCUUAUUGCGCAAUGCCAAAAGUAGUGAUACUUCGGCGGAUUCGUUCAUACCCCUAUUAAUUUAUGUGGUCCUAAAAGCAAACCCAGAACACUUGGUUUCCAAUGUGCAAUAUAUUCUCCGAUUCCGCAACCAAGACAAGCUAAGUGGGGAGGCAGGAUACUACUUAUCUUCUCUCUCUGGCGCUAUCCAGUUCAUAGAAACCCUGGAUAGGACCUCAUUAACUGUUAGCGAUGAAGAAUUCGAGCGAAACGUAGAGGCAGCCGUCUCCGCCAUAGCUGAGCGGAACCCAGAACCCGAAGACCCGCCAUCCGUACCGGAAAAGCCUUCUAAUAGCAAAUCGAGAGAACCAACACCGAGAGUCUCGGUUGAAACGGGCUCAAACUCUAGACAUAAGGAAUCUUCCCCGUCUCAUUCGCCCGUGACUGAUGAUAAUACUCCUGUUGCGGGAUUACUUCGAACGAUUCAAAAACCCUUAACCACCAUUGGGCGAAUAUUCUCUGAUGAUACAGAGUACCAACGAGAACGAUCGCCAUUCAAUUCGCAACACAAUUCAUCAGCAUCAGAGAAUGUAGCGUAUCCAGCUCAACGCUCGGAUAGUGACUCUUGGAGGGGCCAGGAGCGGUCGCGAGGACGUGAUGGAACUUCGCCUCAGCCUGCUACCCGCUUUGAUGCACAGGAGGCUGCCGCUCGUCAGGCAAGCGCCGAGUCGGCAGAGGCACGUCGGAUUCAACGAGCCGAGCAUAACGACGUGGUUGAGACACUUUCAGGCAUGUUUCCCAACUUGGAUCGAGAUAUAAUCGACGACGUCGUUAGCAUGAAGGAAGGAAGAAACAGGAGCUGGGCCAUCAAAGACGGACGGCCGCUCGCCUUUGUCCUGCACAGCGUCGUGAUGACCAGAAGGAAGAAGACUGUAGAGAGCAAAGGCGAGAGUGCUGCCAAUGUUCCCGCAACUUCGAGCCACCAGGAGCAAAAGCCACAAGGAUCUUCAGCGUAUCCGAAAGCUGUCAAAACUACGCCUGCAGAGCCCUCGACUUCUGCCCUCAUCAUUUCGCGCAAUAAGCACUGGCGGUAUAUCUCGUCCUUCCAUGGUCCCUGGCUCCAGCUGCCUCCUGAGAUACUCGAGAGUCUAGCAAACAGCAACUAUGCCUCGCCGCAGCCACAGCCAAUCGACCCGGCCGUGUUCUUCGACCUCAUCAAGAUCCGUCAACUGAUCGAAGAAGCCACUGAUCUCGCCGUUCGCGCAGUCAAUGGAACCACCUCUCCCCCCGGAAGCAAUUCUUUCAACUCGAGCUAUGGUCUGAUGGGGAGCGGGGGCGGAUCUAUGGGGAGCUCGAUGAGGGGGAGCAGAGGCGAUGGGACAACGAAGCUGAGCAGAGAACGACGGCAUCGCAUGCGAGAACACGCAUCGCAGAAACUAUCCAAGGCCUAUGCGUUGGAUGAGAUUGCUGCAAGCGUGGCAACGAUGCAGUCUGCCUCUGCGCUGGAGCAAGUGGCGAAGCUGGUUCUACAGCGAAACGAGCAUGACUGCGAUGCGAAAUAUGUACACUUUUUUCACGAGAAGAUCCCUUCCCGUUCCUUGGUGCAGUGCACGAGUCUACAGCCAUUAGAUGAUAUAAUUGCCAUACGACAGCUGGAUGGGGCUGUUUACCGGACCAGGGCAGUGGCUAAGAUGCUAAAGGACGACCUCGUUGGUGCAGCGAGGGAUCUUACGGAUGGACUUGCGGCUUGUCGUGCCUGUGCUAGGCAGCAUGACGAUGGCAAAAAAGAGGUAGAGCUCGCGAGCGAGAGCACCAAACGAAAAUCUACCCCGUCACGAUAUAAUCCGAAAAUAGAGGAGAAAGACCAGCCACGCGGCCUGGAGUCUCAGCUACUUUUCCACAGAGCAGGGGUGUACCUGAGCAUUGCAACCCAGCAUAUCCAUGAAGCAUUGAGCGCGUGGGAAAAGUCCAAGGAGGUUCGAGACUCGACUAAUGGCGACGGCCCCAAGGAAGUGAUUGAAAAUGGCGAGGGUCCAAUAGAGAAGCAAGCUCACCGGCGCUGGCUGGAGGCACGCAAGAUCGUCAAGACAAACGCUAGACGGGCUCUUCGGGACUAUCUAGCCUUCUUGUCGCUCAUUCCCUAUACACCGGGUCCAUCGCCUGAGACCAUGGCUGAUGGCACCGUGACGACGGUGUACAAGGUCCACCAAGUAUCGGCUCUGUUCUCUUCACAGCCUCCUGCGGAUCUCCCUCCAUACCCUGAGGAGUCCGAAGCGUUGACUCUCAAAGGGCAACGACCCAGGACUCCAACUGUCUGCCACGAAGCCGUGACCUAUCACCCUCUGCUCACCGACGCCCUCCAUUCUGUUCUGAUAUGCCACUCCAUCCUCCAGACGCCAGAAAAGGAGUUCCUCCGCCACGCUCACAUGGUAGCCCGAGUAGCACGCAUCUGUGACGGAUAUCCAAUCUUCCUCGCCCCCCGUUCCCCUUCCCGCUCCGACUGGAUGGAAAUCCUGCACCGCACGGACAACUGGCUCAAACUCAAGCAACCAUGGGAGAUACUCUGCGCUCCCGCACCGCUCCCGGGCCAUCCAACCGCAUACAAGAAGGGAUCACCCGAGUCAAUUGCGGCGGCAGCUGAGGCAGCCGGCCGUGAACUAGCUCUGGAGACCGGCCAGAAGGAAUUCCUUGACGAGAAACCAGUACACACUAACCAUAUUACCAACGCGGUGUUCAAGAGAUGGGCACAGGAAGACGCCAAGGGCUUUCCCUUCUGCAGCGAGCGAGCGGAGGCGGUUUCAUGGUGGAUUCGCAUGGCCCCUGUCUCUGCUGGCACGGGGCGCAACCGAGGUAAAAAGAGUGUUGGCAAUGGCAAGGAGGAGGCUGACAACGAGCAGAAACAGGGACUUGCAGACGAUAAAGAAGCAGACAUUUCUGUUCAAGAUCUGGCUAUUGAUUAG